AUGACUGAUCUCGCUCGCAACGGUUCGAUUCUCGUCGCCGAAAUCAAGGCCAUCCACCCUUCGGCUCAAGACUCUGACACCAACGGCGCCGUUCCCCACACGAACGGUGGAGCCGUCAACGGUGAUGCCACCAACGGCUCGGCUGUCUUCAACAAAGGCCCCGUCCCCGGCACUGCCACAGACGGCGGUGUGGCUGCAGCGGCCAUCGACCCAUCGGUUACCACGCCUGCUACCCACUCGAGCCUGUCCAACGGUCACGCUCCCGAGGCCUCGACUCUGAGCGCUGGCACUGGCGCGGCUGCUGUUCCCCAACACGAGGCUGACCCAUCGGUCGCCACUGGCGUCUCUGCUCCUGCUGCCGCUGGCGAGUCUGCUGCCGCUCCCGGUGUGAUCCAGCCCCAGACUACGCCUAUCCAGCCCAUCCAGCCGAGCGAAAACGCCCGCGAGGUGUCGAACAUCAACACGGCUGUUCCUGCUGCUGGUGUCGGUGCUGCCGGUGCUUCCGCCGUCAGCCCUGCUUCUGGUUCGGCGGUGACGAGCGCUGGUGUUGCUCCUCAGCAGCUCAACGCGGCCGCUCCUUCCGAGCCCGCGAGCGGCGCGCCCAGCUACCCUCCUGGCACCAUCGUCCCUCCUGAGGCCCAGGGACUCGCCUCUGGCGGCCCCGCUGCCGUUGCUAUCGCUCCCAUUGUCGCCCACCCUGCCCCUACCACGGUGGCUGCCACCGAGGCGCCCAAAUCCGCCCUGAGCCCCAAGGAAGUCAAGAAGCUGGACAAGCUCAUGAAGACCGAGGCCAAGAACGAGCACAAGUCGCUCAAGCGCGCCAUCAAGGAUGCUGCUUCGGCCGAGAAGCUCUUCCGCAAGAGCCGCGAUGCCGAGACCCAGGCGCUCAAGCGUCACCAGAAGUCGCAGACCAACGAACACAAGGCGGCCAAGGCGCUGAGCAAGGCCAAGGCCGAGUAUGAGAAGUACGCCGCCGAGCUUGCCAAGGCCGUCGAGGACCUGGACAUCAAGAAGAAGCACACCGAGGGCACGCGCAAGGGCUACGAGACUGCCAAGCUGCACAUUGACGACCUGAGAAGCCAGAAGACGGUCAAUGACCAGGCUCGUGCUCGCCAGGCUGCUCAGCUUCACGGUCGUUAA